UUCCAGAAAAAAAAAAAAACAGAGAGGGGUCGGUUGAAAAGCCGUACAAUUCGUUGAUAUAAAUAGUAGCCACAUUCUACGUUAGGGAAGGACAGCUCCUUUUUCGAAUUUGAAAGAGGAGGAGAAGGAGGAGAGAUCUCUGUUUCGUUCGCUCUUUUAUCCGCAAUUUCGCUUUUUCUUCCGUCAGACACAAUUAUGGGGUUAUCUUUCACCAAGCUCUUUAGUCGGCUGUUUGCGAAGAAAGAGAUGCGCAUACUGAUGGUUGGUCUUGAUGCUGCUGGUAAAACAACCAUUCUGUACAAGCUCAAGCUGGGAGAAAUAGUCACUACAAUUCCCACCAUUGGAUUUAACGUGGAGACUGUGGAAUAUAAGAACAUUAGCUUUACUGUUUGGGAUGUUGGUGGCCAAGACAAGAUCCGCCCUUUGUGGAGACAUUACUUCCAAAACACUCAAGGACUCAUCUUUGUGGUAGAUAGCAAUGACCGUGAUCGUGUGGUUGAGGCAAGGGAUGAACUGCACAGAAUGUUGAAUGAGGAUGAAUUGAGGGAUGCUGUGCUGCUAGUUUUUGCCAACAAGCAGGAUCUUCCAAAUGCAAUGAAUGCUGCUGAGAUAACUGACAAGCUUGGACUUCAUUCUCUUCGCCAACGCCACUGGUACAUCCAAAGCACUUGCGCUACCUCUGGUGAAGGUCUCUAUGAAGGGCUGGACUGGCUUUCAAACAACAUUGCAAACAAGGCAUAG